AUGGAGAGCUCAAGCAUUGCAGAGCCAUUACUGUCAGGCCCAGAUUCAGAAUCUCCCCGGUCAUCUAAGCAGGUUUUGAUCCGGCUCUACAUCUCGCACUUCUUAUCAACAUGGAACUCGCGCAUGUUUGAAUUCGGAGCUGUGCUGUUUCUGGCUUCUAUAUUUCAAGGAACGCUGCUAUAUGCCUCUGUCUAUGCGUUAGUUCGCUCGCUAGCUGCUGUGGUGUGCUCGUCCUGGUUGGGCUCGGUAGUGGAUCGGGCGAACCGAUUGAGAGCUGUUCGACAAUCUAUUGUUUGGCAAAGAGUGCCUGUUGCUGCAUCAUGUGCAUGCUUUGUGGUCCUUUUGGGGACUGUGAAAACGCCCACUACUGUGUCUCAUGGCUUGUUCGUUGGAGUCUCCUUGUUGGCCUGCGUGGAGAAAUUGGCAGCUACGGCUAAUACCGUAUCUGUUGAGCGUGACUGGGCCGUCGUGAUAUCAGAUAUUCUGGAUGUGUCGAGACAAGAUUUAAAUGCAUCUAUGAGACGCAUAGAUCUCUUCUGCAAAUUGCUGGCACCGGUGUUUAUCUCACUUCUGGAUGGCCUGUCGACGAAGGCUGCUAUCUGGACCGUUUUUGGAAUGAAUGCCGUUAGCGUUGUGGUAGAAUAUGGUGCUAUUGCGCAGCAGGUAUACAAAGCAGUCCCGGAACUGGCACGAAAUGAGAACAAUGAAACCACUCUGGAAGAAAGCGAAUCCUCUACACGCAACAUAGUCGACUACAUCAAGCAAUCCACAAUCAUCCCCUGGCGAGAAUACACCUCUCAUUCCGUAUUCCUUGCCUCAUUCUCCCUGAGCCUGCUCUAUUUGACCGUGCUCUCGUUUGGCACAACUAUGGUCACCUACUUGCUCCACACUGGCUUUAGUCCUCUCGAGGUUAGUGGCAUGCGAAUUGGCUCCGUGAUUGCAGAGCUUUCCGGUACCUGGGCAGCGCCAUUCAUCAUGGACCGAAUCGGACCCAUUCGAUCCGGCUUGUGGUUUCUCAACUGGCAAUCUUGUUGCUUGGCCGCUGCUGCCGCGGGUUAUAUCUUCCUCGAUCCGAGUUCCCGGAUGGUAGCAGUUAGUCUGAUUGUUGGUGUUUCGUGGAGCCGGAUUGGCCUUUGGGGCUUUGAUCUUGCGGUUCAAUUUUUGGUGCAGGAGGGCAUCGAUGAAAAUUCCCGUGCCCGAUUCUCCUCUACCGAGAUGGCGCUGCAGAACGUUUUCGAGCUUCUGUCCUUUGCGACGACCAUUAUCUUCCCUCGACCGGAGCAGUUCAAGUACCCGGUGCUGAUCAGUUACGGGGCUAUUGUGCUGGCAGUCAUUUGCUUUGCUGGAUAUGUUCGAAAGGAGCGAGGGCAUCUGCUGCAUUUGUCCAAGUUAUGUUAUGGGACUGAUAAGAUGGAGAGGUUGAACAAUUCUUUGAUUUCACGGCAUAGCUAG